UGACAGAUGUAAUUUGGCAAGGACGAGAAAAGCAGUGCGGCCAAAGUUUUUCAAACAUUGUAACCAGUUCGCCAGAAUACCAAAUUCAAUUUCGGGUGUUAAAAAAAGUAACAAAAUUUACUUUACCGGUAACAGUGAGAAUAGGUCUGAUAAUUUCUCAACAUGCAGAUUAUUCCGCAGUACUCCGUAACGCUGCUGUCGCCAUUUAGUACACUUUGUAACUGAAUCCCUGUUGUGCUUGCCUGCUUGUUUAUACCUCAACUUUUGUUCGUACUCAGUUCUUGAACGUCCUGGCAUGAUUUUGCGAUGCGGAUACCGAAUAAUCGAUACCCGUGCUUGUGUUAAAGGCAUGUCGGAACACAAUUAUCAGUCCUGAUACAAUGCAAAGCAAAAGCUUGAUAUGACAAUACCAUUACAAUAGCCAUUAUUAUAAAAAAAAAACUCGGCGCGCUGAUUUAUAAUUCAAACAACAGUAUAUUUUGAGCAUUUCUGUGAUAACUAAUCCUAGACCCUUUUGAAAAUGCCUUUUUAUGCUGUAGCAAAAGGACGGAAAGAGGGUGUAUACACCACUUGGGCCGAAUGCGAACAGCAAGUUAAAAAAUUUAGCGGCGCUAUAUUCAAAAAGUUUUCUACACUCUCCCAAGCUACCGAUUUUUUAUUGGAAAAGCAAAAAGCAAAUAUUUUACUGGGAUGCUUAAAACUUCCUGCCGAUGACGAGUUAAGGCCUGCAAUAAUGCAAGAAGAACCUGAUUAUAUUCCUUUACAACCGAAAAUGCCAAUAACGAACGAUAUAAAAGAAGAGCCAGUGGACACAGUGGACAUGUUAUGGUUCGAGGAUGUCAAUGGUGAUAAAGAAUUGCUGACAGCGAUUGGUGAAUUAAAGGAAUAUCCAGACGAAAGUAAAAUGGGAGUCAAGGCAUUAAUGCAAACUAUGAAUCGAAAUUCUAAAUUGCAACGGGUUAAAAUUGGUACCUAUAUUUUUAAUGUUAGUAGAAAUGAUUACAUUGAUGUGUACAUUGGUGGACACACCGAAAAUGUUGGUAAUUGGAACUGUGUAGCUGGCUAUGGUGUUUACUUUGGCAAAAACCAUCCCUUAAACAUAGCAGAAGCGGCAAGUGGACGCAUGACACGAAAUGUAGGUGAUAUCGAAGCAGCCAUAGCAGCUAUUGAAAGUGCUAUACGAGUUGAUAUUCCUAAACUUUGCUUACACACGAGCUCAGAAUUUCUUCUUAACGCGGUAGCUUUUUGGAUGAAUAAUUGGCAGCGUAAUAAAUGGCGUAACAAGGAAGGCAAAGUUAUACAGAACCGAAAGCAAUUUGAAAAGUUAUAUAAACUACUCCAUGAAAGCCCUAUCGAUAUAACAUGGGCUGAUGCUCGUAAAGAAUUGUGCUCCUCGAAAUGCAUGAAAGGUGUACAAAAGCUGGCGGAAAUCGGGACAGAAGAAUAUCUGGAUCAGCACCCCAGUAAGGACGACAGUUUUUCAAUAGAAUGCUCCAACUUCUUUGAUUUCUUUUAAAUUCUGUCAAAAUAGUAUGUUGUAUAUGAAUGUUUUUUAAACUAAAUGUUUAAAUUGA